UACAGAGAUGCCUUACCCAAGUUGCCUUGGUAAUGAUGCCAGACAGUUAGGUAGCUUCGAAGGGGAACCGGUGACCCAGACAUGGAUGAAGCUGGUGUACUUGAGCAUUAGAUCCUAUCUGGGUCCCGGCCCUCAGGGGCAAGGGGAUGAGGUGGCGCUGUGCCCGCUCAUGCGUUGUAGCCGCACUUGCAGUCCACGCAGUUGGCGCACAAGGCCACGUCCGAAUUGACCCUGUUGUCACACUUAUGGACUUCCCAGUGGUCGCAAAGUUUCAUAGCCAUUUUGAAUGGUUGCCUAUUUAGGAUCCGAACAGGCUGACGAGAUGGGCAUCUUUAUACUCUGGACCUUGCCCUCGAGGCAAUCCCUGCGCUGCGGCGGGAUCCUAGCAUGGUGGUACAAGACGGCAUUCAGGCUGAGCAGAGUUGGCGUGAUGUGGGCUACAGGUGAUGGCCGCCAUUGUCUUCCGAGAUCUUGUGCUGUUUGUCGAGCGGCUUGGUCAAAGGAUAAACCGACUUGUGUAUCGCACUGUCGUCUUGGUUCCUGCAUGCUCAGCAUCACGCUCGCCACUUGGAAGUCCUGGGUUUUGUCUGGACAGGUCCUUCUGAUGGUAGAUACAGAUGACGCAUCACCUAGACGAUCUCAGGUCCACAGGCGGCUGCGUAAAUCGUUCCAAGGCCUCUCACGGGGUAGAAUACGCGGUGGGAAAGUGGGCAGGCCAUGGCAAGCUCGUGGUUUCGCCUGGAAGGAAAUAACAAUUCAAGGCGAGACCGUCGUUGCAACAUUCGAAAGUUGGAAGGUCAGCGUGUCAGUCCCUGUUGGUUACCAGCCGCCAGGGUCUAAUGCCGCGUCUUUGUCUAUACGUCCAUAGACCGAGAAUGCUAUGGAACCGAGAAUGCACGAGAAGAAGGCAUCGGUUCAAUGUCCACCACGUCGACGUCAGGGGUGUGACUCUCCGAGUCCCGUGAAUGGCCUCUCAAGAGAUGAGUGGUCAUCGCAGCCGAU